AUGCGGUCAUUGAGUUUUCUCGGAGCUGUGGCUGCCGGCUGCGCCCUAUUGACCUCGUUGUCGGCGUCGGAGACCACCUCCAGCUCCACCGCCGUUGGCAGCAGCAGCAACUCGACUCUGUGCUUCCCUUCCGACUUCCUCUUCGGCACUGCGUCGUCGGCCUACCAAGUCGAAGGCGGCUGGAACGCCACCAACAAGGAGCGCAGCAUCUGGGACAACUUCUGCCGCGACACGUCCAACGGCGUGCCCUGCGCCAAUGUGGCCGACGACUUCCUGCACCGCUACGACAGCGACAUCGCGCUCAUGAAGAAGGACGGCUUCGGCACCUUCCGCUUCUCCAUCGCCUGGGCCCGCGCCAUGUCCUGGAACGAGACGACCCAGCGCAUGCAGGCGAACCCUGAAGGCCUCGCGUUCUACCACUCGCUGGUGGACGAGUUGCUGGCCAACGGCAUCAAGCCCAUCAUGACGCUGUACCAUUGGGACCUGCCGGCUACGCUGCAGUCGGCGUUCGAUCCGCCCGGUUGGCUCAACGAAGCUAUGGUCGACCACUAUGUCGACUACGCGACGCUCAUCUUCGAGGAGUUCGGCCAGGACGUGGAGUACUGGACGACGUUCAACGAACCGGCGUCGUUCAUCCUCACCGGGUUCGCGUACGGCUACGGGCCUCCACAACUGGGCAACUCGACCACCAACGCUUACGACGUGGCUCACGUGGUGCUGCUCGCUCACGCUGCAGCGGUGGAGAAAUUCCACGAGCUGAGAGACGCAGGAACCGUCCAAACCUCGGCGCGUAUCAGCAUCGUCAUCAAUUCUGACUGGGGCGUGCCGCUGAAUGACUCGAUCGCGGAGGACGUGGAAGCUGCCGAGCGCAAGAACCAGUUCCACUUGGGCUGGUUCCUGGGUCCGUUGACGACGGGAGACUACCCCGAAGUCAUGCGUGAACGUGUCGGCGACCGCCUGUCCAACUUCACGGAGGAGCAAAGCGCGCAGGUCAAGGGCUCGUACGACCUGCUGAUGCUAAAUUAUUACACGAGUUACGCGACUACUGACUGUGACUCGGAGCGCUCGGAGACCAACUGCUCCAGUCUGUCGCUGGGAUGGCCGUUAGAUCUCGGAGUUGACGACUCGCGCAACCCGGAAGGCACUCGCCACGCUUACGGGAGCAUCAUGGACCCGGAUAGCUGCUCCACUGACUCAGGCUACCCGCCUGGAUACCUCGAGGUCAUCCAGUUCCUACACAAACACGACACGAGUGCCGACAUUCUGCUGACUGAGAAUGGCUGGUGCGGCAACGAGACGAUCAACAACCUGGACCAGCUCUGGUACCAUCGUACGCAUCUGGAGCAAGUGCACAAGGCCAUCUACGAGGAGAAGAUCCCGAUCAUCGGCUACACGGUGUGGGGGUUCAUGGACAACUUCGAGUGGACCAGUUACGCCGGACGUCGCGGACUCUACUUUGUCAACUACACGGAUGAAACGGGUGACAUUGACGAGUAUUCGGCUCUGCCCACGCAGCUCACGCGUAUCCAGCGAUCGGCGGGUGCUUGGUACUCGAACGUGGCUACUACCGGGUGCUUCGAGCAGGAAGAAGAGGACGAGCAGUAUUUGGUCUAG